UCUUGUAUUUAACAGCAGAGUUCGCAGACCAAGGCAUAAUAUUCAGUCUUGGCGAGAGCAGGAGGGCAGGUCUGCAAGCCCCUGGCCACCCAGGACCAUUUCAGCCAGUGCAAGGGUUCUAGGCUGGAGCAAAGAUGAGUGCAGACAGCGACCAGCCUUCAGUACUUAGCAAUAGCCUGUCCCGACGUGGGGUUCACAUCUCUACGCUUUACAAGAGCAAGUUCAAGAGCUAUGAGAUCUACCACAGAGAUAAAUACCACAAAGUCUUGAACACCUCGGGCUUCCUUAACCUGAGCAUCAGUGAGAACAGGCUGUGCACUGAUCUGAUAACCGAAAGGUUGUGUCAGAGUGACAUGAAUUACAUCGAGGAUGUCAUUCUGCAGUAUCCCAACUCGACAGGACAUCCCUUCCUGCAGGCAGCUGUGGCCCAGUUCCUGACCUGCUACUGCAGAGCCCCUCACUGCCUGUCUGUGAAAAAUGUGGUGAUUCUCAAUGGCUGCUGUGCUGUCUUCUCUGCACUGGCCACGGUGCUGUGUGACCCAGGGGACUGCUUCCUGGUCCCUGUUCCCUUCCAUUAUGGCUUCAUGUUUGGCUCCAAGUUUUUUGCAUAUAUUGAGCUGAUUCCAGUCUACCUGGAGAAACAGACUGUCUUACAGUUCAUCAAUGCAGACACCCAGCCUUUGGAGCUCAACGUGCGCAAACUAGAACAAGCUCUGCAUGAAGCUAGGACUAGGAGAAAAAAGGUCAAAGGCCUCUUGCUCACCAACCCUGAGAAGCCUACGGGUGACAUCUACCCGAAGGAAUUACUGAAAGAAUACCUGGAAUUUGCCAAAAGACAUGAGCUACAUGUGGUCGUAGAUGAAAUUUACAUGCUGUCCGUGUUUGAUGAGUCCGCCAGGUUCCACAGCGUUCUGAGCUUGGAAAGUUUGCCUGACCCCAACAAGACCCAUGUGAUCUGGAGCCCCACUAAGGAUUUUGGCAUCUCAGGCUUGUGCUUUGGUGUUCUGUACACUCAAAACGAAGAUGUAGUCUCUGCUAUGAGCCCCUUUGGCUACCUCCAUAGUGUCUCUGGCAUCACCCAGUACAAGCUGUGUCGCCUGCUCCAGGAUAGAGACUGGAUUAACAAAGUGUACCUGCCCACCAACCGCUCCCGGCUCUGGGACGCUCACGCGUAUGUCACCGAGCAGCUGCGUCAGUUGGAACAGCAGUAUAACUUCAAGAUCAUCUUUCACAAUCGCUGCUCUGGCCUUUAUAUGUGGAUAAAUUUGAAAAAGUUACUAGAACCCUGUACAUUUAAAGAAGAACUGCUUCUCCACCGCCGCUUCAGAAACCACAAGCUGAUCCUAUGCCGUGGCAGAUCCUAUAUGUUUAAGAAACCUGGGUGGUUUCGACUCACUUUUGCAGAAAAUCCCCCCCAACUAAAAGAGGCCAUGCACAGGUUUGGGAAGGCGAUAGAGGAGCAGAAACAACACUGGAUAGAAAAGAUGCUGAAAGAUGCCAUAGAGGCAGAGCCUGGGGAUCCGACUGUGCCCCGCAGGGCUUGGGACCAAAUGAGUACUUCGACUGAAAAAGUGGAUCCCGCUAGGAACAGUGCCAGCUGACCCAGUCAUCAACCCUGUCAUCUUUAGAGGCUUCACAUCCUUUAACCUCCGCUAGCUGUGAUGUCUAUAAAACACUGCUUUUAUUGGGGUUUGGGGUUGAGAGUACAGAGGUGCCUGUAGGGAUCAAGAGAGCUCUCUGGGCUUCUUUUAAAUGGUUUUAUUUUUUUAAUUCAAUGUCUAAUAAAUUAUAUAUUCUCUUACAUUUCGGG